CGGCGACUACUCUUUUUUUCUCAAGAAUACACCUAAAGCCAAAACAAGUUAUAUAAUAAGACAAGUGAGUGGACAGAGAUAACAUGGCAUUUGGUAGCAGUGGCAUGCACUACUCUGUAUUUGGCUACGCAGCCACACAAGUAUAUAUAUUUCACCGGUUUGUGCUUCUCACUAAUUGGUGUGUGGGUCAAAGUGAUGACUACAUCCUAAACUACUCACUUGUGCACAUAAAAAUUGGCUCUAUAGAAGUGGACAAAGGAGUCAGUGGUGGAUCCAGCUGCGCGCUUGAAAGUCAAGAUACCCAUUUGCUUUGAAACAAACUAUUUGCUUUCGCAAAUCUAUGCCCAUAAAACUGCCAAAGCGAUACAAGGGAACUUGCAAGACAAACAACAGUAGCAAGCAACCAUGGCUUGUGAAGAACCAUCAAAGAUAGCCAACAUACCAUCGAUUGUGCAAGAGCUGGUGACUUGCGUACAGGAGCCACCAAGCCAGUAUGUGGUUCCUGAGCAAAACCGCCCAGACAUUGCCUGUUCCGAGAUGCCCGAUCCGAUCCCAAUCAUUGAUCUCAGCCGUCUGCCUGCCCCCGGUAACAGCUCUGAUGAGGUUGCCAAGAUGCAGUCCGCCUUGGAGAACUGGGGCCUCUUCCUGGCUGUCGGGCAUGGAAUAGAGCCAAGUUUUCUUGGUGAGGUGAUGAAAAUGACGAGAGAAUUUUACAAGCUCCCACUGGAAGAGAAGCAGAAGUACUCAAACUUGGUUGAUGGCCAGGAGUUCCGUAUGGAAGGAUACGGGAAUGAUAUAGUCGUAUCAGAGAAGCAGACCCUGGACUGGAGUGACCGGUUGUAUCUUGUAGUGGAACCGGAGUACCGGAGAAUCUAUAGCAUGUGGCCCGCCCAUCCUCCUUCUUUCAGAGAUAUUCUGUGCGAGUACACAGUAAGGUGCAGGGAGAUUGCCAGCCUUGUCCUCAGGCACCUGGCGAGGAUGCUCAAUUUACACGAGGACUACUUCGUCGAGAUGAUCGAAGAGGAUGCCAUCACAUACGCUAGAUUCAACUACUACCCUCACUGUCCCAAGCCGGACCAAGUCUUAGGCCUGAAACCCCACACUGAUGCCACUGUGAUCACCGUUGUCUUUAUCGAUGAUAGCGUCAGUGGGCUCCAGGUGCAGAAAAAUGGUGUCUGGCACAAGGUGCCAAUAGUUCCGAACGCAUUACUUGUGAACACAGGAGAUGCAAUGGAGAUACUUAGCAACGGGUUCUUCAAGAGCCCGGUUCACAGGGCUGUGACCAAUGCAGAGAAAGAUCGGGUGUCAUUGGUUGUAUUCUAUACUCCGGACCCGGAGAGAGAGAUUGAGCCAGCGGCAGAGCUGGUGGAUGAGAAGAGACCAAUGCGGUACAGGAAGAUAAAGACCAAGGACUAUCUUGUAAAACUCUUUGAAACUUUUGCAGAAGGGACACUAGUCAUCGACACAAUGAAGAUCUGAAUGUAAUUAUGAAGUGCAAAAGACUGAUGUGCGGUGUGGUGAAGUUUGUUCCAGCAGUCUGUUCUUACUUACAGAAUUGGUUUAUGUAAUACUGUCUGAUUAGAAUGUGCUAUAUAUAGACAGUUUUGUGUCAUUGUAUGCCAUCGGCAGGUCACUUCCUAUCUCUUUCAGUUCAAGUGUUACCCCCUUGUUGUACAUUAUCUUGUACUGUGUUAAGUUUCUGCUUCAGAUAGCUACUUCCAAUCCUGUCUGUCUUCUUCCUUGUUUUUCUCCUAUUAUCACUGGCGACUGAUAGCUAGUUUAUUCAUUGAUGACCAUGCUGAUUAAAACAAAGUCAGCUUGUUAAUCAAGAAUUGGGUAUGCCCCAGCAACAAUAGUAUAAACUACAGUGACCUGACAAAGGCACAUUCUAUUAACAGAG